UUUUGCUGUGGGUCUUUAUCGUCACGUGCGCGGGCCAGCAUCUUCCAUGUCACUGAUUUCCCAGCACCUGCAGGGCCCAUGACAAAAACACAAUGCCGGAUCGCCAACAGUUCGUCGAGCUGCGCAACUUUGAGAGUAAAAUGUUCAUCAGGCCAAAGAUCAGAUUCUUCGAUGGCUUUGAUGAUUGAAGUGGCAAGGCUCGAGUCUACUACUCGUGGUGGAUUGACACCGGGAAAUAAGUCAUUAAGCAGACCUGUUUUUGCUGAGCUUGAGCAUGAAAUACAAAGCACAUCACGCACCAAAAAACACGAUUUCGUCUUGUUGGACAAUUUUAGGGAUGUUAAAAUCCCUAAGGGCACGCAUCAACAAUUGAUCUUCUGGCAGCUCUGGCUCGGCCCUUUUAAGCUGCCCUGCAACGACAAGGACUGA